AUAUUAAUUUAUUCUCGUAAUCAUCAACAAAUAAUAUGAUAAAAAGAGGUAAUCUUUACUGAUAAUUAAAAUAAAUAGAAUGUGUGAAAGUGAUGCGGUGCACCCAAGAUUUCAAAAUCGACCUUUACAUUAUUCGAAUGUAAUGAAGAUAGCGCUAGUUCAGUUGUCUGUUGGUGGGGACAAGGCCAAGAACAUCGCAGCAGCAGUCCACGAGAUACACCAGGCCAAAGCGAAAGGCGCACAGUUAGUAGCUUUGCCGGAAUGCUUCAACUCACCCUAUGGAACAAAGUUCUUUGAACAGUACGCUGAAGAGGUGCCAUCCGGUGAAACAUGCAGAGCUCUAUCCAAAGCGGCUGCGGAGGCGGGGAUAUGUGUUAUCGGAGGCACGGUGCCGGAGAGGUGCGGUGAUCAGCUGUACAACACAUGCACCGUUUGGGACGGUAGCGGAAAACUGUUGGCGCAGUAUAGGAAGAUGCAUUUAUUCGACAUAGACAUUCCGAACAAAAUAACAUUCAAGGAGUCUGAUGUUUUAAAACCCGGGAACCAGAUCUCUGUGUUUGAGUAUCAAGGAGUCAAAAUUGGCCUGGGCAUAUGUUACGACUUGAGGUUUCCUGAGCUCGCACAGAUUAUGACUAACCAAGGCUGCUCCCUCCUAAUCUACCCGGGCGCGUUCAACAUGACGACCGGACCGAAACACUGGGAGCUGCUAUGUCGGGCAAGGGCUACCGACAACCAGCUAUGGGUAGGGCUAGUGAGCCCCGCGCGUGACCCCACAGCGGGGUACGUGGCCUGGGGACACAGCACCCUGGUUAACCCCUGGGGAGAAGUGGCUGGGACGUUGGAUGAGAAGCCGGGGACGUUAAUCGCGGAUAUAGAUCUGCAAUUGAUAGAUGAAGUACGAAGCCAAAUACCCAUAAGGACACAGAGACGGACAGACAUAUAUGAUAUCAUACAGAAGUGAAAAUCAAUGUUGUUAGGUAAUAUAUUUUGUUGUAUGUAUACAUUUUAUAUUUUA